AGAAGCGACGCAUGCGUUCGCAUCCUGACGGACACGGACGUAACGACAGGUUCGCAGAGUGGAGGGAGACUCGGCACGUGUGAAACAGCUGUAGAUUUAAUCAGUGUAUAGUAUAUAGAGGAGGUACGCGACGACGCAUCAGAUCGGUAAGGCUCGGUCAGACGAGAAAGCUUCUCGUCGAUCACGUGCGAAAUCUCGAAAUCGAUCGUCUCACGACGAUCGCGGAGUCUGCGAUCACACGGCGGAGGAGUUGACGAGGCGUGAAGUGAUUAGUGCGCGAUGAAUCGCCGACGGAACAAUAAAUUAUCGCGGCGCGAGUCCGCAGGAUCGUGAAUUCUUCAUUGCUAAAUACGAGGCGCUUUUGAGGAGCUCGAGCGAGCACGAUGCUCCGGCUCUAGGAAAAUCCGUUCAAGGAAGAAGUGACGUUCGUUCGCUGAAAAACAAAAAAAAAUGACAGCGUUCAGCUUCGAAAGACUGCUGAAGAGCCGGGUGCCCAUUCUGAAAUGGCUACCGCUCUACAAGCCGAAAGAUGCGCUGGGCGACCUAGUUGCUGGCCUGACGGUCGGUCUGACCUUAAUACCGCAGGCGAUCGCCUACGCCAGUCUGGCCGGCCUGACACCCCAGUUUGGAUUGUACAGCGCGUUCGCCGGCAGCUUCGUUUAUAUUUUCUUCGGCACCUGCCGAGAGGUCAAUAUUGGUCCGACCGCGUUGAUCUCCCUGCUGACGUACACAUACGCGAGAGGUAUCCCGGAGUACGCGGUUCUGCUGUGCUUUCUGUCGGGAUGCGUGACGAUAGUCCUGGGUAUACUGAGGCUGGGAUUCCUGGUGGAAUUCGUCUCGGUGCCGGUGGUCUCGGGGUUCACUUCGGCGGCGAGCCUGAUCAUAGCCUGCAGCCAGAUAAAAAGCUUGCUGGGCCUGAAGAUUCACGGGGAGAGCUUCGUGGAGAUCUGGACGGAGCUGAUCAACAACAUCGGACGAACCAACAUCCCUGACUUGAUCUUGUCGUGCUGCUGCAUUCUAAUUCUGCUGACCCUGAAGAAACUGAAAGACGUCAAGGUCUCCAACAAGAUGCUCAAAAAAUCCAUCUGGUUCCUGGAAACCGGCAGGAACGCCAUCGUCGUAAUCGUCUGCGCGGUGAUCUCGUACGUUUACGAGAAAAGGGGUGGCGCGCCCUUCGUCCUGACAGGAGAGAUCGACGCGGGAUUGCCGAUCGCCGGGCCGCCACCGUUUUCCAGGAGCUUCGGGAACCAAACCGAGACGUUCGUGGACAUGUGCAGGAAUUUGGGUACCGGGAUCAUCAUCGUUCCUCUGAUCUCGAUCAUUGGGAACGUCGCUAUCGCCAAAGCCUUCUCACGAGGCCAGACUCUGGAUGCGACGCAAGAAAUGCUGACCCUCGGUCUGUGCAACGUGGCCGGUUCCUUUUUUCAGUCGAUGCCGGUCACCGGUUCCUUCUCGAGGAGCGCCGUGAACAACGCUUCCGGUGCUCGGACACCUUUGGGUGGCAUGUACACAGGUAUUCUAGUCAUCCUCGCUUUAAGCUUGCUAACACCGUAUUUCUAUUACAUCCCGAGAGCGACGCUGAGCUCCGUGAUAAUCAGCGCGGUGAUAUUCAUGAUCGAGGUGGAGAUCAUAGGGCCGAUCUGGAGAUGCAGCAAGCGAGAUCUGAUCCCGAUUUUCGCCACCUUCUUCGCGUGCUUGUUCGCUGGUGUCGAGCUAGGUAUUUUAAUAGGGGUGACGAUUGAUCUGGCUAUAUUAAUUUAUUUCAACGCCAGGCCGACAAUAUAUAUCGAAUACAGAAAUACACCUGCGGUUAGCUACAUCCUCGUGCGGCCCAGCGCGGGGUUACUCUUCCCCGCGGUGGACUACCUGAGGAUAUACUUGAUAGAGCACCUGGCUAACAAUCAGCAGAAUCUACUGAAAACCUUCAAGAACUCGAGAAUCGUCGUGCUAGACUGCAAGCAUAUCGAUAAAAUUGAUUUCACUGCGGCGCAAGGGUUGAACACGGUGAUAAGCGACUUCAAGGAGAAAAAUCAUAAGCUGAUCAUGUUGCGGCCGUCCGCGGAGGUCUUGAAGAGCGUUCAAUCGCUGUCCGAGGAGAUCAUCCGAGUGGCCCACACGGACGCGGAGCUCGUGGCGAUUUUGAAGGAGUAUAGUUUGAGCAAAAGGGUCCUGGAGUUCGAUGCGGAAUUAAUCGACGUGACUAAUUUGGUAAUCGACGGCAGGCCGAGGGACGAACACGCAAGCACGAAGCUCUAGAGUCUAGAACGAUAUCAACGCAUCGAGUCACGUCGGUAAACGGGAAAAGAAAUUGACAAUCGUGCGGAAAAAAUUCCUACAAAUUCUGUUGAAUGUUUCUCUGUUUCUUUUUUUCGUCGGAUUUUCUCUCAUUUUUCUUCUUCAAUACAUAUCGAAAAUUGAGUUACAGGACUAUCAACGAUAUCGUAUAAAAUCGUAAUGAACAUUAACACGUAUUUACGAUUAUAUAUGAAUUGUAUAAUAAUUCGUACGGUUUUUUUUUUUGUAACUUGUUACCAGUAAUUGAUAUAGAUCCAUAUGAAAAAUUACUUGCAUCUUCUUCUUCUUCUUCUAUUCUUUUUUUUUUUUUUGUUUGUUUUGUUUAAAGAGAACUCUAUUGACGCGUGCAGUUUUCUUAAUAUAAAUCGAAGGAAUAAUACUGUGUGGUUAUAAAUGCGUACCAGAAUAUGUUGAGAGAAAGAAUAUAUAUAUAUGUGUGUAUAUAUAUUCUAAUUAGUCUAUAUAACAUCUACCAAGUACGGCAAGUUCAAUGUUUUACUUUGUAAAAACUUGUAAGUCCUCGAAAAAUAAACUAUAUGGUAUUUCUUAACAAUAUACGUAAUAUUUGAACAAAAAUAAAUGGUUAUAUAAAAUGC